UAACAAUGGCGGAGUGAUUCCUGUGCAUUCUGAUUCGUAUAAGAGGGGGAGGACUGCAGCUGCACAGAACCGGAUAUUGCGCCACCACCCUCGUGCUCAGAACAAAACAAAUUUUGGCCAAAUGACAUUCGGGACACCUCAGCUUAUCAUCGUCGGAUUGGGAAACCUUCCGAUGCCUCUUACUCGGCAUAGUGUUGGCCAACUCGUGGUAGAUGCGCUUGCCAGCAGGCUGGGCAUACAUAUGUUGUCGAAUCGUCGCGGAAUUUCCGGCCAAGGAAACGUUUUGCUUGCAGGAAGACCCGUGGCGUUGACGCUCUUUAAGUCGAAAAAACUCAUGAAUAUAUCAGGACCGUCAAUAGUUGAGGCCUAUCGUGCAACUGUAUCUUCACCCUCGUCCAUGAUUGUCAUUUCCGACUCACUCUCUCACAAACCACAAACCCUCUCAGCACGUCUUGGAGGCUCGGCCAACGGACACAACGGCCUGAAAAGCAUCAUGUCAGCACUGGGCGGCGAAACUGGUUUUUGGCAGUUCCGAGCAGGAAUCGGACGUGACGAAUCCGACGCAGCUGACUAUGUACUACGGAAACUACCUUCGAGCGAACGAUCAUUCUGGGAGAACGAAGGUCUUGACAAAGUCUUGAAAGAGAUUGAAAAGGUAGCUUUGCAGCAGAAGUAACUUUAACCGACUCACUCCGAUCUACUUUUUGACGCGCACGGGGUGCAGCUCAUCUGUAUGUUAGUACGAUAAGGCGGCGUCAUCACGACCACGACAUCACAA